GCACAAAAAAGCUCCCAGAGUACCUUUCCCCAACGGUUCAGUCACUCCGCAGAUUCGUCGUCUCUCGCUUCCAUCGAGUAAGAAAGAAAUCUCUCUUUCGUGACCUGCAAUUUAACGAAGCUGAAGGAUUCGCAUGGUCAAUUCUCCCAUGGAUUCAAGCGCCACUUCUAGGGUUUUGUCAACGCCUCCGCGUCGAGUUCUCGAUUGAGAUUCCGUAUGGAGUCGCGUUCUUCGCAUGCGUAGACUUGGGGAUCCGUUGUAAUGAGACGAACUGCAGAAUUUGGCAUCUGUUUUCGUUUUGUGGAUUCAAGCUUCAUAUAGCGUGUUUUUCUAGGAUUUUGGUCGAUUUUACUCGUUGGCGAGUCAAUUGCAUUGUGAAGAACUGGAGAAUUAUAGUCACAAUUGAGUGUUUGUUGUCAUUUCUGCGAAAAAUGUCCGGUGGCACUCCCGUGGGUGCUGGUGGAUACAUGAGGCAAAGGCAUAGCCAAGGUUAUGCAUCUGGUGGGGACGAUCUCGAGGACGAUGCUUGCUCGAGAUCUCAGCCUCUCUCACCCGUGAGCCAUAGAAGUAAAACGUGGGUCGAGUUUCUGGAGAACGGGCUUUGGAUUGCCUCUGCAUUUUUCAUUGUCUAUUUUGGAGACCGGCACUCCAACAUGAUUCACAUCCUCCUGCAUGAUGUCCGGAUAAGAAGGACGCCAUUGUAUCUGGGGAUGAUAGGGAUAGGUGUGAACAUUAUAAUCUUAAUAUACGAGAACAUGUUAUCAUGGAGCAUCAGAAGGUUCGAAGAGAAAUGGGAACUGUGGAGUAUCUCUGCUUUGCCUUUCAUUACCCUCCUCGGCCUCAUCUCCUUUUGCCUACUCUCCUACGCGUUGUGGCCUAUUUGGGGCUUCUUGGCUCUUCCUCUUCUGUUCACAUUGUUCAUGGCUUGUCUUGUUGUGCUACCAAAUCUUGUGAUCAUUAAGCUCAGGCCGCAGUACGACGAUUUCCGCAUAGAUUGAUCUCAACCAUCUCAUCUCGUGGGACUCGAGUCAAGUAAGAUAGUUUUUGGGAUAUCGAUAGCUUUUCGCCUUGUGGGUUUAUCAGAAUUUGUAGGGCACCAAAGGGGUUGAUUUUCGGGUAUAUAGAGGUAGAUGAACUCAAUAUUGGAUUUGGAAUUCUUUUGUUUUUGUUGUGAGAUUGGUUCAUGUCUUUGUUUUAGUGAAAGCUAGUUUCCUUUGGGUCUCUCUUUCAUUU